AUGAAGUUCACGCUUCCGAAAAAUGCAUUCCCUGCUAUCACGCUGUCUAAUGAACACCAGGCUGCAUUGACCGAGGAAGCAGACACCGUUGUGAAGGAGAUCGUUGCUGCGAAUGAAGCUUUCAUCGCUGACGGAGGUACGCUUGGCCAUCCAUACUGGAAACUAGUUCGCGCGAAGGAAGGACUGCAAGUGUAUCGACAACGGAAAAAGGCGAUCAACCAACGAGGAACCGACUCGUGCUCGCCUGUGCUCCAAAGUCCGUCGUGGUCUAAAGAGCACGAAUACUCACGAUACCGCACCUUGAGUAGCAGUAGUAUCGACUUUGGAGCUGACAGGAACACAUCCUUGUCCUCCUCGUCCGGGGUCGCUGGAGACAGUAUCAUGGAGAAAAUGAGACCACAUGGAGUAGCCCUAAUGGCCCUACACGGCUCUAUGGACGGAACCUUGGACGACUGUAUGUUUGGAUGCUUCGCGUCUACCGACGAGGCUUGGAAGCUGCGAAGUUCGCACAUCAACGACCGUCUCGAUGAUGCUCGGAUUCUAGCGUCUAUCCGAGGACCCACUCGUACUGAUCCCUGUCGUUUUCUUGGAGUGAAAUGGUUUGCGAAAGAGCACCCAGUGGUGCUUACGGGGAUCGUGCAACAGCGAGAUUUUCUCAUCAUGGAAUCGUCGGGAUUCACAAAAGACUCGAAAGGUGAGAGAGUCGGAUACUUCCUAAUGCAUUCCGUAACAUUACGGGACAUUCCGGAACUCACCCACUUGGGUAUUGUUCGAGGAGUAAUGAGUUUCUGCUACCUCUUCCGUCAAGGAGGGCCUGGUAAAGUCGACGUGUUUUGUCGCGGUUUCUUCGACUCUCGCGGUGAUAUGCCGGGGCGCCUAUCCGUCUCAAUCGCUGCCGAAGCUGCGAUUUGCUGUGCCGGUGUGGUGGACUACGCGUACAUCAAGAAACUCCGAUGGCUCAUGAAACACACAAGCAAACGUCAGUCUGGAGACGAAAACCAAGCGCAUGUUAGUCAUUGUGAGGCUUGUGACAAAAGUUUUUGCAAGUUUUCACUAACGUCAUCAGGAUCGGGAACGCCAUGCCAAAUCUGCCGCCAAGUGGUUUGUUCGAAGUGCAGUGUUACCAAGAAGAUAACCAUGCACGUGUCAGACACGGGUGCGGUCCAGCAAUGCUCUCUUCACUUUUGCUUGGGCUGCUUGCUUAAAGCCAAGCAACAAUCUGGAUGGGAAAUGGCCAUGAGUAGCCUUGAGGCGUCCUCUGCUUCUGUGAGCUCCUCUCCGUCAACACCAGCACCUCGUUUUCCGCAGAAUGCCAACCAGCAGCGUGAUGGUAGAUCAUACUCGGCAUACACGGGCAAUCACGCCUAUCAACGAGGAGAGCUUACUUCUACGACGAUCUAUUCCAAGGAUCUAUACAGAUCAACCAGCGACCAAACAAGCGGCGAAAGCCACCCUUCUAAUAACGCGAGGGUCCGAGCGUGGUCUCCACGCUCUGCAGGACCGAAGAGCACGCGCGGAGUGAGAUUUGGAUAA